GAAAAAUAUAAACAUGUAAAAAAAUCUGGACCUUGGUAUAUGCUAAUGAUGCAAUUAUCUCAACUCGUCGUGGCUGAAAAAAGUUAUAUGGAACUAGAAUUUCUCCAAAGUAAAAUAAAAGGAUUUUUAUGGAAAGAUAAUUCUUUAAAAUGUUUGUAUGAAAGUGUUAAAAGCGAGAUUAAGAAAGUGGAAGAUUCUUGUAAAGUUCAUAAUCAAGAGAAAAGUGUUUUAAAUUAUUGCUAAAAUAUAGCGCAGUUUUUAAGCGCAAAAUUACAAUUAAUUGAUUUGUAGGUUUAAAAAUUUAAUCGAAUCUAUGUGAUAAUCGCCUUUCAGAAACUUGGGCUUAUUUAGCUUUGAUUAAUUACAAUUUAAAAAAAAUCAUCAAUAUUACCUUUGUAUGGUGCAAGGUAAAGAGUUUAAUGUUGAAAAUAAGGAUUUAAUUGGUACUAUUGAAGCAAUGGUAGCUAACCAAGAAAAACAAGAUAAAUAAUGUUUAUUUAUUUAUUGUUAUUUUAUGUAAAGAAGUUUUUGAUAAUAAAAUGAUGUUAUGUGGCUCCAUCUCUUGGCACUAAUUAAAAAUAAAAAAUUUUAGGUUAUAUUAUUAAAAUUAAAUAAUUAAAUAUUAAAGAAAUGGAACAAGACGAAGCAUAUCUCCACACUUUUUUUAAUUUUAUAUCACAAAAUCAUUACGAUAAAGCAAAAGAUCACGUUGAAAAAUAUAAACAUGUAAAAAAAUCUGGACCUUGGUAUAUGCUAAUGAUGCAAUUAUCUCAACUCGUCGUUGCUGAAAAAAGUUAUAUGGAACUAGAAUUUCUCCAAAGUAAAAUAAAAGGAUUUUUAUGGAAAGAUAAUUCCCUAAAAUGUUUGUAUGAAAGUGUUAAAGGCGAGAUUAAGAAAGUGGAAGAUUCUUGUAAAGUUCAUAAUCAAGAGAAAAGUGUUUUAAAUUAUUGCCAAAAUAUAGCGCAGUUUUUAAGCGCACGAUUGCAAUUAAUUGACUUUUACGAACAUGUUUACACAAUCGGUCAUCAAAAAGUAAUCAACUAUGCGGAUUUAGUAACCCAUAUAACCACAAUAAUCGAACAAAACAUUCCUUUAUUUUCUGAUAUAAGCAUGACGUCUAUAAAAGCAAUUUUUGGAUUGGAAUGUGAUAUUUUAUCAAAUUUAUUUAAAGCCUUAGUUGAAGUACAAAAGCUACAAUUUUUACCGAGUUUAGUUUUAAUCCACGGAGCUCACACCGGAUUAACUUUAUGGGAGAGUAAAAUACAAAAUAGAGAGCGGACUUUUCAGCCGUGGAAAUUAGGAUUUAUUAAAAACAUUCAAUGGCCACCUCUUUACCAGUGGUUAUCAAAACUAAAGGGAGCUGUUAUAAGCAAAUUUAGCUUAUAUUUUUAUCAUAUUUUAUCACAACAAACUACACCGACGGAUAUGAAGCAAUUAUGUUCGAAAUUGCAAUAUGAUAGCUAUCAAAAAAUUGCUUAUUUUCAUAAGAAAUACGACGCAUCUGUUUUAUUAGUAUCAGAUAAUCAAUUUAUUUGUGUAAAUAGCGAAAACGAUUCAUUCCCAAUUAUCGUAUCUUAUCCACAAAAAAUAUGCUCCAAUUUGGAUAUGAUACUUCAAAUGAUAACGGAUGUAUCUCAAGAUCUUUCGAUUAAUGAUAGAAUUAUAUUUAAAUACAUCGUUCAAGAACAUUGCACUUAUGUUUUAUGCAUAAUAGAACCCACAGUUUAUAUCGUUUUAAUAUUUGAAAGUAAACGUACCGAAAAAGAUCUUUACAUCAACAACUUUAUAUCCGAUUUGUGUAUAAAUUUAAGAUGUUCAAAAGUGUUUCUUAGCUUAAAAGAUUCUCUUAAAUAAUCUCAUAAUUAAAUAAAUAAGUAGUAUUUGA